AUGGCGCAGCGCUCGGGAAAGAUCAUCCUCUAUGAGGGCAAGCACUUCACCGGGAGGAAGCUGGAGGUCUACGGGGACUGUGACAACUUCCAGGACCGAGGCUUUAUGAACCGGGUGAACUCCAUCCGGGUGGAGAGCGGCGCCUGGGUCUGCUUCGAUCACCCCGACUUCCGCGGCCAGCAGUUCAUCCUGGAGCACGGGGACUACCCGGACUUCCUCCGCUGGAACGGCCACAACGACCACAUGGGCUCCUGCCGCCCCAUCGGGAUGCAUGGGGAGAACUUCCGCCUGGAAAUCUUCGAAGGCUGCAACUUCACCGGCCAGUGCCUAGAGUUCCAGGAAGACUGCCCCUUCCUGCAGAGCCAGGGCUGGUCCAAGAACUGCGUCAAUGCCAUCAAGGUGUACGGGGACGGAGCGUGGGUCCUGUACGAGGAGCCCAACUACCGGGGCCGCAUGUACCUGGUAGAGCGGGGGGACUUCCGCAGCUGCUCCGACUGGGAGGCCCACAACGCCCGCAUCCAGUCCCUCCGCAGAGUGGUCAACUACUUCUAA